AGAGGAGGCAGGAGACCGUGGGGUGGGCUAGUCGCUAGGGCUGGGGAUGCCUGAGCAGAUGAGGAAGCAGUUGGAAAGGUGGCAUAGCCCUUGGGUAGCCGCCGCCGAAGCUGUGGCUGUUCCUAGGAGACAGAGGAGAAGCCAGCCUGCGGGGGAGGGGGAGCGAGUGGGUUGCUGCUUUUAGCAGCUGAAAGGGCUGCAGGGAGCUCUGGGUAAGACAUUUUCUACCUCUGUCGCUUCUGCGGUAGAAGCUGCCGCGAGUAAGUCAGAGGAAGGAGGACCGGGAGGGAGGAGGUCUCCGUUGCAGCCAUGCUGAAUCACUGUUGCUGAUCAGAAUCCCUCACCGGGCUGCUGGGAGAACCCCGAGAGCAGCGCUAGCUCCUGGGUGCACGCACAGUUUGGCGGCUACUAACCCCGCCGGGCCUCCCACAAUGGAGGGCGAAAGCGUCAAGCUGAGCCCUCAGUCCACGGUGCAGGCCCAGGAUGAGGAGGAGAGCCGGAGAACAGUCACUGUCAACCCUGCCCACAUGGGAAAGGCCUUCAAGGUCAUGAAUGAGCUUCGAAGUAAGCAGCUGCUGUGUGACGUGAUGAUUGUGGCAGAAGACGUGGAGAUAGAAGCCCACCGUGUGGUCCUGGCGGCCUGCAGCCCUUACUUCUGUGCAAUGUUCACAGGUGACAUGUCUGAGAGUAAAGCCAAGAAGAUUGAAAUCAAGGAUGUGGAUGGGCAGACUCUCAGUAAGCUGAUUGAUUACAUCUACACGGCAGAAAUCGAGGUGACCGAAGAGAACGUGCAGGUGCUGCUCCCGGCAGCCAGCUUGCUGCAGCUCAUGGACGUUCGGCAGAACUGCUGUGACUUUCUGCAGUCUCAGCUGCACCCCACCAACUGCCUGGGCAUCCGCGCAUUCGCAGACGUGCACACUUGCACCGACCUCCUGCAGCAGGCCAACGCCUACGCAGAGCAGCACUUCCCGGAGGUGAUGCUGGGGGAAGAGUUUCUGAGCUUGAGUCUGGACCAGGUGUGCAGCUUGAUAUCCAGCGACAAGCUGACGGUCCCUUCAGAAGAGAAGGUGUUUGAAGCUGUGAUUUCAUGGAUCAAUUAUGAGAAGGAGACCCGCUUAGACCACAUGGCAAAGCUGAUGGAGCAUGUCCGGCUCCCUCUCUUACCUAGGGAUUACCUAGUUCAGACAGUCGAGGAGGAGGCUCUGAUAAAGAAUAAUAAUACCUGUAAGGAUUUCCUCAUCGAAGCCAUGAAGUACCAUCUACUACCCCUUGACCAAAGGCUCUUGAUCAAGAACCCCAGGACCAAGCCCCGGACCCCGGUCAGCCUGCCCAAGGUUAUGAUUGUGGUUGGUGGCCAGGCGCCCAAGGCGAUCCGCAGCGUGGAGUGCUAUGACUUUGAGGAGGGCCGCUGGGACCAGAUAGCUGAGCUUCCUUCCAGGAGAUGCCGAGCAGGGGUGGUGUUCAUGGCUGGCCACGUAUAUGCUGUGGGCGGCUUUAACGGUUCUCUGCGGGUGCGGACAGUGGAUGUAUAUGACGGCGUGAAGGACCAGUGGACGUCCAUUGCCAGCAUGCAGGAGCGCAGGAGCACACUGGGUGCAGCGGUGCUCAAUGACCUCCUCUAUGCAGUGGGAGGCUUUGACGGCAGCACCGGUCUGGCGUCAGUAGAAGCCUACAGCUACAAGACCAAUGAGUGGUUCUUCGUGGCCCCAAUGAACACACGGAGGAGCAGUGUGGGAGUGGGUGUUGUGGAGGGGAAGCUGUAUGCUGUCGGGGGUUACGAUGGGGCUUCCAGGCAGUGCCUGAGCACCGUGGAGCAGUACAACCCAGCCACCAAUGAGUGGAUAUAUGUGGCAGACAUGAGCACCCGACGCAGUGGCGCUGGCGUUGGGGUGCUCAGCGGACAGCUGUAUGCCACCGGGGGACACGACGGGCCCUUGGUGAGGAAGAGUGUCGAGGUUUAUGAUCCCGGGACAAACACCUGGAAGCAGGUGGCAGACAUGAACAUGUGCCGUCGUAACGCAGGGGUCUGUGCAGUCAACGGGCUCCUGUAUGUGGUUGGAGGGGAUGAUGGGUCCUGCAACCUGGCUUCCGUGGAAUACUACAACCCCGUCACUGACAAGUGGACGCUGCUGCCAGCCAACAUGAGCACCGGAAGGAGCUACGCAGGUGUGGCUGUGAUUCACAGAUCUUUGUGACCCAGACUCCCACUGCCAGGAGGUGGAGGAAGAAGCGGGCACUACCUGUGACCGGAGCACGGAGCGGCGGGACCAUGACAACUGAUGAGAUUAACUGGGAGGCUCUGCAGUGAUUUGAGAACCACCCUCGUUGUCUUAGUGGGCCAGCCUUGUCCCUCUCAGUGUGGACACUGACGGUCCACUUUCUGCUCCGAGGUGCUUUGGUUUCUGCCCUAAACAGCUGUGUUUCUGACAGCCCCACAAAAGCCCCUUGGGCUUUUUGCGUGUGUGUGUGUGUGUGUCUGUGUCUGUGUCCGUGUGUGUGUUUCUAUAGGACAAUGGCGAGAACCUUGAAGUGUGUGUGUAUGUGUGUGCGUGUCUGUGUCCGUGUGUGUGUUUCUUCAGGACAAUGGCGAGAACCUUGAAGUGCGUGUGUGUGUGUGUGUGUGUGUGUGUUUCUACAGGACAAUGGAGAACCUUGAAGUGUGUGUGUGCCCGUGCACAUGCAUCCAUGUGUUUGUGUUUGUGUGUGUAGGAACAUUUCAGUGAGGGCUGGGGCUGUCUGAGUGUCUACUGGAUUUCUUUACUACUGAUCUUUCACGAUGCUAAAACACCUACCAAUGUCUUCUGCGCUCGUCCCACGAGGACCCUCGACUACUGAAGCUGCUGCCUUUUGGGUUCCAGGCAGAACUAGGCAAAAGCAGCCCUUCAACCACGUCUGGGAUUAUGCCUUGACUACUGCAGCCCUGUGGAUGAACUGGGGCUUCCCCAGAGCUGCCCUGCAUCCUCCAUGCACCUCUGGGGUGCAGCCUCUUCUGGCCAUUACCAGUCACUCCUCCUCUGCUGCACUCACUCCAGGAAGUGGAUGAGAACUGUUUUGUCCUCACAUCUUGGCCCCUAGUCUUUGAUGUCAUGGAUUCCAGGUUUGGAAGAUUUUGUGUCUUUUCAGCAGGGAAACAAACUCUUCAGAGAAGCCCCAAAUAGAACACUGGGGAGAAACAGACAAAAAAAAAAAGCAAAACAAAACCCAGAAAAACCAAAGUGGUAUGGAUUUGUUCCCACCCACAGAGGUCUCAGACAGGGACCCUGCUUCUGAGUGUUCACAGGGCACCAAUCCUAUUUAUUAUGCUUGUUAUGUAGGCUUACUUAUUCAUGGUAUCAAUUCUCAUGCGGAUGAUAAGUAAAAGGUCACCCUACCACUAAACCCAGAGAUAGGCUUGCCCCCGUGUUAGGUGGGACCACAUGUAACUCAGAGGGACGUGAAUGGCUGGAUCUGACCUUCGGCACUUUGUGAAAUAGUCAGGGCUGUUUAUAUCUGUCUUCCCUUUCUCGUGCUUCAAGGUCCAUAUCUGUUCCUCAGCCUCCCCAACAUCCCUUCUCAUUCUCCCCUUUGUGGAGGAGAAGGUAGUGGGUCCAGAACUGGAGAUAUUCCUCAAAGACACUUGUAUUUUAAAAAUGAAAGCAACUGAGGAAAAUUUUGCUCAGCCACAGAGCAAAAUGUCUCAGAGUGUAAUGUCAAGCCCCUGGGGUGGUGUUUGGAGGCGCAUGGAAGCACACAGUAAGGGGUGGGGGGACGCGUUUGCUACACAAGCAUGAGUUUGGUCUCUAGCACUGGUGUAAAAAAAAUCCAGGUACAGCAACAUGCACCUACAAUCUCAAAACUGGGAAGGCGGAGAAAGGCUGGUAUCUGAGGCUUGGGGACAGCCAGCCUAGGCUGACCAGCAACCCAGGGACAGUGCGUCUCAAAACAGGUUGUGCGGCUCUUGAGGACUGACAUCAAAGUCUGAUCUCUGGUCUCUGCACACACCCACCCUCCCCUUACACACAAAGAACCUCAAAGUCGUUUGAACUCUUCCUAAGCUAGAAAAUUGCUUGUAUCAGAGUUUUUGCUCUCAGAGGAGGAGAGACUUUGUGUCUAGAGAGCAGUCUCACACCCAGGGUGUGGAGUUUUGGCCUCCUGAAGUCAGAAUCUAUGUAGAGGAGACCAUGGGACUUUGUGAACUCAAAUGUUGGGCUUCUGCUAUAAGUAGGCUCUUCAAAGCACACACACAGGGGGAUGGCACCUCCUGCCCUUUGAGUUUGGAAGCCAGCUUCUCCAGCGAGGUGACCACUGCGUAUUUACUGAGCCUUUAGUGUGCGCUCUUUCAUAAGAGUAAAAUCUUCCUUUCUAAUGCUAAGCAGAAGUUAGGCAGCACAACACCCAGAUAGUUAGUAGCCUUAGGAUAGUCAGUAGCUAGGAUACCCAGCUUUGGGGGAUCCAGAAGAAAUGUCUCCCAAGGAAUGCAAACGUUUCUUGGCAGAUGUCCUGGUUUCCGGGAAGUUCUGCCUGCCCCCUCCUAGAAAGGGGGUAGAAUGCACCCCUGAUCCCCUUUCUCCCUCUCCAGGGAAGUCUGGGGACUUGUUUGAGGUGCGAGCCGUGAAGAUAAGGUUGGGGACCAGAGUCAAAUCUGCUGUUUGUAUCAGCACUCCAUUUCAGGUGAAAGGUAACCCCACCUCCUCCCCCACUCGCACCAAGAACUUAGACUUUUAUAUUUAGGGGUCAAGGUGAGUCUCUUCCUGGAGAGAAUCCCCCCUUCCAUGGAAGCUGGUCAGCUGCGGUUUCUGCUGGCGUUUCCGCUGUCGUUUCCGCUGUCGUUGGCCCUACCUUCCGUCUCCCUUCCUGCAGAGCGCUGCUUUUGCAGGCAAAGCUGCUAAGGGUUCCGCUCAUUUCAUCCUCGGGCGUCCUUUCUCCUGGGGACUAGAACACUGGCACGUCAUCACCAAAAAGCCAAUCUGUCCUAGCUGCCCACAGAUGCCACCCCGAGACUUGUGUUGCUCCAUCCUCAGGCAUCAGGUCGACGUCUCCCCACGGUGGGCAAUUCAGAUUCACUUUCAAGUCGGUGUUAGUCAUGUGGCGGGUUACCCUCCCCCCCUCCCCCUGUCAGAGCAGCUGCCACUGCUUGUGAGCACAGCCGUGCCAGGGCUCCAUCUAAAAUCUGACUGCAGUGGCCAAAUGGAAUCGAGACCCAAGGUCAGAAGCAGCCCAGACACCACUUGGAUGCUAAUUCGGACAAUGUAGAAGUCAGUUUCUGAAUCCCGAAGCUACUUCUCCUAAGUACCCAAUAGCGUCUCCAUCUAAAAUCAUGGCAGUAUUAUGCAAAUGAAGUGACCUCAUUUUUCUGCUAUGCAAUAAGAGUUCUUAAUUCUGUCUCAUGACAAACCAGUUGCAAUAUCCCCUCAGAUGCUUUCUUCGAGUUGUUCCACUUUGAUAUCUGUUGUGUAAUGUUUGUAUACCUCUGAGCCAGAUCCUUUCAAAGAUUGCCUUUUUAUUUUGUAAAAUCGAAGCUGCAGCUUUUUCAAGCUAAAGCUUUACUGUAGAUAUUUUUAUAGAUAAUUUUUCAUGAUAUUUGAAUCGCUUUCUAUUGUGCACAAUAAUGAGAUGCUAUUCCGUGUGUCGCUCACCCUGACAAUGUGCACCUGUAGCGCUCCUUGUUUGGUUUCUCGCCUCUCAGACGCCUCUGUCCGUAGCUCCAGGUUUGUAGCGUUUCAGGGAGACCGUGGGACUCCAAGGCACAGCCAUGGGGCUCCGCCUUUCAGUUUCUAGGACUAAUGGACAACUUGACUCAGCACUUGUCUGUCUAUAUCUCCUAUCUCUUUGUGAUUUUGAAUCUGCAGGGUUGGGGCUGGGCUGGCCCUCAUCCCCUGGGCCAUUCCCUAGGCUGCCCGGACCCGGCAGACCUGGCUUAUUCUCUAUCGUCUCCUGGUUUUUGGAGGUUUCUAGUACUCGAGGCCUCUGUGGCUGGGUCCUGUCUCUUUGGGAAGUUUGCGUUCUCUGUACUUAGGAAGGGGGGUCCCUCAUGACCUCUGGGAAGAAUGUGCUUAACAGAUGCUCACACUGAUUUUUUCCUGAGCUGUCUCCAUUCCAGACUCUGUUCUGUGCAUUUAUCUGUCUUAGGACUCUUGUUUCUCUUUUUUUGAAUCUUAAUUUAUUAUUUUUGGGAUAGGUGCCAUUUAAACUGCCUUCUUCCUGUUUGCACCUGGUUGGAUCAAGCUGGGAGGCUGAGCAAACUCACUCAGCUGGACAGAAUGUCCAAGGCUCUGAUGCACAGAAGCAAGGAAGUGGUUCCAUGGGUGGUUUCAGUAGGCUUUUCCCCAUGUGUGUGUUUGCACUGCUUAGACUCCCCAUGGUCAGUUAGAUUGUUUAUCUACUGACCAAGCAGAGAAUCCAGCCGCACUUCCAACAUACGGGGACAGAAGAGGCUUCUUCUGUGUGGGCAAUCACAGUCUUAGAGGCCCUGUGCAGCCUUUACCACGGGAUUCAGUGACUUCUGGAUGUAGCGGCAGCCACGGCAGGAAUGCAUGGGGCUGUGGCAUCUGCAGGGAUUAAUGGGCCCUGUACUGUUCUUGCCUUUGGUUAUUAGACUGUAAAUGAUUUCCCUCCUUUUGGUGGUAAUAAAGGACCUUUGUUGGACUUCUUGUUUAAUUUGUAUAUGAUGUGUAAAAUACUUUCUUUGAAAGAAAACUCAAGACACAGACUGUGUAUGUGUGGAUGUCCUGGCCUGGGCUUGACAUGAGUCAUCACCCGACACUGGCACAGGCCCAUGGUCUGAUCUGCUGUUUUCUGCAUGAAUGUCAGGGACUGUAUAUCUUGUAAAAGAACACUGGUCAUGUGAUCAAUACAGCGAAAGCCGAAAAACAUUCCCCCAAAUGUGUUACUUUAAUAGGAUCCCAUUCCAGUUCCCCAAACUGUAUGUGGCAUUUCAAUAAAAGCGGAACUGCGCAAACAUC